AUGCAGCCGUUUCGUGAUGGAUCCACAUAUCAAUGGCCUGCUGGAGAGCUUGGAGAGGAGGGUCCAGAAAUGGACCUUUUAGGGGCCUUCCUUGUGCUCAGCCCUCAGACAGCAACUGGUGAUGAGGCAGUUAAUGUGAACAUAGACCAGCAGAGCCCGAUGCAGGGCCUGUUGUCAGACGUGGGUGAAUGGAGGCAGCUCUACCCAUCAUUGAGCAAGCUGGCUGACAAUGGCCUGACCAUCCUAGUUUUAGAGUGUAAACUGUUCAAAGCAGGCCGGAGAAUGACGGUCUACAUGUCUAUAAUUGCACUGCACGCGCCUGAUUGUCAUCGGUCAGUAGCACAAGACAAUAGACUUCACGAAUGGACCAAUGAUCAGACACUUUAUGCAGACAUAGCCAAGUCCAGGUGUGAUGUGCCAGCUCAGCUGAAACUUAAGUUUCCCCAAGAUCCUUCAGGGAGGAGCCAGAAGAAACUUUCGACCUCAGCCAAAAGUAUAACUAUAUGCAGCUUAGGGGUUGGUCAUUUCAUACCUGGCAAGAUGGAGAAACGGUCCACAACGGAAGACGCUUUGGAGAGAGUUGUGCAGCCUGAUGACAGCAUGCAGGACUCAAAUGAGAACGCCUCCGAAACUGAGGAUGAAACAAACACAGGUGAUGAUGUCAAUUUCGAGCCAAAUUCUGAUGCCUCCGAUGCCUCUGAUUCACCCAAUGACGCCACUGAGAUGGUGAUGGACACGGAGGAGACAUCAGCUCAGGAAUGGAAAUCAAAACAUGGGAAAAUUGUCUGGUCUCCCACUCACUACGAGACGCUACGCUACACUCCAUACAAAGUUCUCACCCCGGGACCCACACGAUACGCCAUCUCUCGGAUCAGCACUGUGAAGUCCUGCUUCGAUCUCUUCAUGACGGAGGAAAUCAUCCAGCUUGUUCUGGAUAUGACAAACCUGCAUGGGAGACGUUCGACCACAGAUUGGAAAGACAUAGAUGCCACUGACUUGCAGGCAUACUUUGGACUGCUGAUUCUGGCCGGUGUAUACAGGUCACGCAACGAGGAUACCCGCAGCCUGUGGGAUGACCACACAGGACGGGCCAUCUUCCGGGCCACCAUGUCCCACCGUACAUUCAAUACUAUAAAUUCAAACCUGCGAUUCGAAGACAAAAAGACACGAACUGCGCGUCGUAAGGACGACAAGCUGGCUGCCUUUCGGACCAUCUGGGAGAAGUGGGUGCAGCGCCUCCCUCGUCUGUUCAACCCGGGCCGGGAUGUCUGUGUAGAUGAGCAGCUUGUUGCGUUCAGGGGCCGCUGUGGAUUCCGCCAAUACAUGCCCAGCAAACCUGCAAAAUAUGGGUUAAAGAUCUGGGUCACCUGCGACGUCAGUACAUCAUAUGCAUGGAAGAUGCAAAUCUACACGGGAAAAUCUGCUGACGGUGCCCCGGAGGUGAACCAGGGAAAGAGGGUCGUCCUGGACAUGACGGAGGGGCUCAAGGGGAACAUUGUGACUUGUGAUAAUUUUUUCACCUCUUACGCACUGGCAGAGGAGCUUCUGAGAAGGAAAAUGGCCCUGGUUGGUACAAUUCGUAAGAACAAGCCAGAGCUUCCCCCGAAGCUGCUGAACAUAAAGCACAGAGCGCCCUUAUCCUCCCUCUUUGCCUUCACCAAGACGCACACAUUGGUGUGCUACGUACCAAAACGGGGGAAGAAUGUAACGCUCCUCAGCACGAAGCACCGCGAGCCAGCUCUGAGUGACUUCGACCACAAGAAGCCAGUGAUAAUUACCGACUACAACAGCUGCAAAGGAGGUGUCGACAACCUAGAUAAGUGUGUUGGCACCUACAGCUGUCGGAGAAAGUGCUAUCGGUGGCCACUGGCUCUCUUCUACAACAUGCUGGACGUCUCUGCCUACAACGCAUUUGUGCUUUGGACAGCUGUAGAUCCCUCCUGGAACCAGGGCAAGACCUAUAAACGGAGGCUGUUCCUAGAGGAGCUGGGGAAAAUGCUGGUGUUGCCACAGAUGCAACGGAGACGGCGCCUCCCCCACACAUCAUCCUCUGCUGCCAUGGUCGAGGGUAUGCAGAACCCAGGGGAAAGGGAUCCAGACAGCACCACCAGCAAAAGGAGAAGGCCGUGUAACUUCUGCACUAACAAAAAGGCAAAAACGUCCACCACUUGCAUCAACUGUGGCAAAUAUAUCUGCAAAGUCCACACAACAUCAUACUGCCGCAACUGCUGCAGAUGAACGGAACUCUCUCUCUUUUUCACACACACACACAAGGCCUAUAGCUAACUCUGUAUUUUUCUGGGCUUUUUAAGUAUUUCUUAAUGUUGAAUUAAAGCAACGAAUUGCUAAAAUGACUUGUACAAGAGUGUUGUUUGGCAUCACCGCGCCAGCAGACGUGAACCGCUGUGUGUGCAGCUUUAAUCACACAAUUAACCCUUGCUGCAGUCACGCUGUCUGCUACUCCAAAAGUGGUCUUGCCUUGCUCGCAGUUUAUGAUAAGGGAUCUCAUCAGGGCGUUUAGCCUGAGUCCAAAAUAAAUAUGUUUGCAUGUAUUAGAGAGAUGUCACUCUCCUCUAGGUCAUUGUGGUGAUAAAUAUACCUAUACCUUAAAGGUAUUGACCGAAAUAACCCAGUACCAAAUAAUAUUGAAACUUCUCCAGUUAACAAUAACUGCAUUCGAUUCUUUGUUUUAUUUAAUUUUUUUAAUUGUGUGGUUUUGUUCGCAGCAACACUCCAAAGAAAGAGAAGGGCAUGCCUUCUUGUAAACAUUAACUUCUAUGUAAUAUGUCUGUCAAUUUUGUAUUACAGCUUAGUCUGAAAACAUUGAUAAAUUACACAAUCUUAGUCUUUAUCUUUUUUUAAGUAUGACUAUUGAUAUGUAUGAUAUGUUUUGUUCUGUAUCUUCUGCACAAUGGUCAAACCUUUUUUUGUAAAUUCUCACUGUCUUUUUAAAAAUAUAUGUGCAAAUAAACUAAAACUAAUUGUUUUCUGUCAUGCCAUAUGUAGCUUUUAGAUUAGGAUUUAUUGUUUGGAUGAACUUUAGCAAUGAGUGUUAGAACACUUGUCAGGUAAUUCAAGGCAAAACUAUAAAGAUACUGCAUUUGUGCGAUUCCAAUGCAAUAAA